UGCAUGUUCAUGUAUUGGCAUACAAUGCGGAUCUUUUUUUUAUAUAUAUGAUGUCGUAUACCUUUUUUUACUACAUGUAUUUUUAAUUUUCUUAAUUUUUUUCAGAGUAAAAUGAAAAUAUGUCAACUAUUUAUUAUUCUAUGCUUUUGUGAUGCUCUUGUGGUACCAUCAACACGUCAAAUGCCAACACCUUACUUUUCCUUAGAUCAAGUUGAUGAAUUGUCUUUGCUACUCACCACAGUCAUUGCCUCUAAUAUUAUCACAAACAUACAGUCAGCAAACAAGACUGCUGCACAGUCCUUGGUGAUGUCCUCUUGGACUAUAAUGACGAUGACCAUGAUGAUGAUGAUGAUGAUGUCCCCGGGAAUGGUGCCAAUGAUGGUUUCAAUGAUGGCGACGUCCAGUGUGUUACUGGCCAUAGGGGUCAUGGACCAUAAAUCCUGUCCAUCUGAUUGGUUUGUACACGAAGAUUCGUGUUAUUUCUUCAGUGAGAUCACUAACAGUUUGACCUGGAACGGUGCUCAGGAGUACUGCAACGAGCGUGGUGCAAAAUUAGCAGAACCUGAAACGCUGCAAGAAGGGAAUGUGUUGAAAAUGGAGGCAAACAACAAAUACGGUGUCGUCGAUAAUGGAGUAUGGCUUGGAGGUAAUGAUAUGGAUACUGAUGGAGUCUGGGAAUGGAGUUCUACAAAUACUCCGAUAUCAACUAGUGAGUCUGAUUGGGACGUAGCUAAUGGUAAUCCAGGCAGUGAACCUUGUAUGCUGCUUUAUUUGGCUUCUGGUAAUCGUUGGCGGGAUGCUGCAUGUGAUGAGGAACACGCAUUUAUUUGCGAAAGAGUGUGAUUUUUGACAGUUGAAUUGAAGGUUUUUACUUUCAAACAUGAUGAUAUGUCAGUACUUAUAUUACCAAAAACACUUUGAUGACGAGAACUACAAAUUGUGUAAAAUAUGACUUUCUAGACUUUAAAACUUCAGAGAUGUUUAACUUUGUAUUGAUUUAGUCGAUCGACAUAUUUCACCAAAAAUAUAUUGGCACAUUAUAUGCAUUGCGUUGUUUUUCUGAUAA